UGAGCAGCGAGAUGCGGCCUGGACGAUCAUACCCUUGCUCUUGGAUGUGCGCCAGUCCCCCUGGCGGCGCCUUCGGCGCAGAUUAAGGGGGUCCCGCGCAGAUGUAAGGACUACGCGCGGACCUCCGAAGGUGUAUGUUUUCGCCGAUGAUGAUUAAAAUUGAUCCGCUUCUGGCCCGUCUGCUUCCGCCGCUUCUCUCCCUUCGCGCUCCCCCAUUCAGCCAGUCGACACGCUUAUCAUACUUCGAUAUCGAAUCCUCUGCGAAACCCCCUCGCAAGGAACCAGCUAACAACCUAAUAAUGCAUUCUCAUACUUGCAGCGCUUGCGCCAGCGCUUGCGCUACCUCCAUCAUCUGCUUCUUCGCACUGUGCGUGGUGCCCGCCGACGCCGCGCAGGGCUACGGAGCAAGCCUCGCCGCCUCGAAGGCGAGGUCGCCCCCAGCGGGCACGCCCGACGCUACCGAGCCUGAGAAUUCCAGGAGCGGGGUCGUCACCAUACCCCUGGACAAGCAGUACGUCCCGGUGGUUCGCAAGAACCACGUGGUGUCCUACAAGACAGCGUAUUUCGGGAAGGUCUCCUUGGGCAUGCCCCAGCAGGGGACCCAAGUCUUCACCGUGCUCUUCGACACGGGCUCUGGCCACUUCUUCCUGCCGUCCGCCGCCUGCGAGACGGAGACCUGCGUGCGCCACAGGCGCUACGAUGCCCGGGCGUCCUCCUCAGCAGUGGACAUCGACCACGAGGGCCUGGAGGUCGCAGCGAACGCGACGGGCCGCGACCAGGUCGCCGUCGCGUACGGCACCGGCGAGAUCGUCGGAGAGUUCGUCCGGGAGACG